AGAAGGCUCAACGCCACGCGAGCCCACCUGGGUGUCUGGCUUGGGACUCUACAAAGAGAGGCCCAAAGAGAGACGCUUGAGAAGCAUCCAAGCCGGAGACAAUGAACUGUAAAAAGAAAACGCUGCUGUUGAUUCUGGGUCUUUCACUGCUCCUGUUGUUUGACCAUUAUUCCAGGAAAAAUCAAGAAGAACUUCAGCUCUCAGACUGGUUCAACCCCAGAGAACGCCCCGAUGUGAUCACGACCACGAGCUGGCUUGCUCCCAUUGUCUGGGAAGGCACUUUCAGCAGAAAGGCGCUGGAAAAACACUACAGAAAGCAGAAUCUCACAACGGGCUUGGCCGUCUUCGUUUCUGGCAGGCUUGCAGAUCAGUACCUGGAGAUGUUCUUGCAAUCGGCAAAUAAGUACUUCCUGAACGGCUACAGAGUGAUUUUCUACAUUAUGGUGGACACCUUUGUCAAGCUGCCCCAGAUCAAGUGGGGGCCCCUCCGACAGUUCAAAGUGUUCAUCGUCACCGAGGACAGCUGGCAGGACAACGUCGACCUCGUGCGCAUGAAGAGCUUGGCCAAGCACAUCAUCUGGGACAUCCAGGACGAGGUCGACUUCCUUUUCAGCAUGACCGUCACCCAGAUCUUCCAGAACAACGUGGGCCUGGAGGUCCUGGGCGAGCUGGUGGCUCAGCUCCAUGCCUGGUGGUACUUCAAGGACCGUGCCAGUUUCCCCUACGAGAGGAGGCCCAAGUCGGCAGCUUGCAUCCCGUUUGGCCAGGGCGAUUUCUACUAUGAUGGUGCAUUCGUGGGCGGCACGCCCCUGGAGCUCCUGAACCUCGUGGAGGAGUACCUGAACGGCAUCAUCCAUGACCUCAGAUUCAGGUUGAACAGCACCUACGAAAAACACCUCAACAAAUACUUUUUCCUCCGGAAGCCCACCAAGCUCUUAUCCCCAGAGUACAACUGGGAUGCCGACUUCUACCCGCCACCCCAGGUGCAGUACGUCAAGGUGGCCCAGCAGUCCAAAAGGAGGCACUGACUCCCAGGGACCACAGGCCCUGCCAGCAGUGGUUCCCCCGGAAGGUGGGGUCUCUUCGUACGUCCCAGGUUUGAGAGAUACAGACGUUUAUACUCACCCACAGGGCAUUUUCCUCCCUGUAAUUCUGAGCCAUCCAAUUUGGCCACUGCGGGAUAAAGAAUAAAAGAUUGUUUAUUGAAUGUUUAA